GCGUUAGUUUCGCUCUGAAAUGAUAUAACAUGGACAUGCAGGGGGUGCUAUGAGAGGCCGUGGUUGGAAGUACGGCUCCGGGUUUGUUGAUGGAGUCUUCCCAGUGCUCAGUCCAAUGGCACAGGAUAUCCUAGAAUUUGUGCAGAAGGGGACCGACGUCGCCAAAAUCUGGGAGUCAUUGGACAACAUUCCUCCUGCACACGAUCUUUGGGAUGACAUUGUCAACGUCGACGUCCAGCUCCGCCUGAACCGACAAUGGGACCCGAUCAUCACAGUGCUCGGCGGCUGCGGCGUGUGCCUGGAGUCCCGCGGGAUCUGCCGCUCCUGCUCGUCCGGCCCCUACCGGACAGCGCCGUGAGGUCCAUGCGUGGGGUGCGCUCCCAGCCAGGUGGCUGCUUGGUGUCACACGGCUGUGCUGCGCGCCCAUGGCACAGCUGCGGCGUCUGCCUCCAUGCGCGGCCCGUCGGUGGCUUUGCUCUCGCAUCGUCGCUGCGUCCGGGUGCCGUUGGGCUCCUCCUCUUACCCACCAGAUUUGGCCUGCAGGGAGCCCGGUGGCUGCAGGUGACGGGCGGUGCGUGCACAGUAUUGGGGCGGCGUGCUCUCGCGAUGGCAGCGGUUCGCGGCUAUGGCGGCUGAGGUGUGGCUUCAGUGCAGGUGCUUUGGGUCGGGGAGAUGUGAGCGAAAGUUUAACCCGACUUUCUACUGGUGCCAAUGUCAAUGACAUCUGCGGACAUCAUUUCCUCCUUGGAGGUGACAUUGUUGCGUCUCCCUCGCACUAG